ACAAACACGUGUGAAAGAUUCUAGCAAGCUAGUUAGCCAAGCUAAAAAACGAACAGCACGGUUUUGUGGAAAAAAAUUAUCGACAGGGUGAGUUUAAUACUGUGUUAUGACAACAGAAAGGUCUUGCAAUCAUUUUUAACUAAGGUAUCAUCUAGCACCACCAUGGGGAAAUCCAAACAGAUCGGAAACCACAACAGUACCAGGAAGAAGAGUAUUGGCAAGACAUGGAAGACAAAGAAUUAUAAGAAGCACUUGGACGAAAUCCAUGCAGACAUGAAGCCCUCAGCUGCAGCCAAGUUGCUCAAACAGGAGGUGGACUAUGAUGUCACUGGCAGUGCCCAGCACUACUGUUUACAUUGCGCACGAUAUUUUAUUGACGUGAAAGCCCUGAAGGACCACUUUAAAACCAAAGUGCACAAGAAACGGAUUAAGCUGUUGAAGGAUGAACCCUACACUCAGGCAGAAGCAGAUAGAGCUGCAGGUAUGGGUUCUUAUAUACCUCACAAAACCGUAGAGGUGAAAACACAAGAGGUGGAAGAGAAGAUGGACUGAAUGUGGACUGCCGUUCUUUAAGAACGUCUUACUUUUUGGUGACUCUGAACUAUGGACAUUGCUUUACAUAAAUGCAUUACCCAUAUAUAUAUAUAUAUAUAUAUAUGUACAUGCACCUGUAGAUAUGUAAUGUCUGUGGCGCAAAAUGUGAACUUGUUGACAGAAACAAUAAUAAACUAAAAGGAAAUGGAGUUUCUGUUUUAGACAUUUUUCUUUUCUUUUGUGUUAUUGACUGUACGUUUUGUUUUUGUGUAACUCUGUUGUCUUUGUCGCACUGCUUUGCUUUAUCUUGGCCAAGUCGCAGUUGUAAAUGAGAACUUGUUCUCAACUGGCCUACCUGGUUAAAUAAAGGUGAAAAAAAUAAUAAUUUACAAAAUAAUUUGUCAUUCUGGCAGCAGGCUUGAGACAAUCUAGUGACAAAUGCAAAAUGUUUAUACAGUCUGUAUUAAAUGCCUGUGCAACCCGUAAAACAUUAAAUAUAGCUCUGAAUUUAGAAUACACUGUAUAGACCAACUCAAUAAAUUGCUUGAGCUUGUCAUUUGAGAUGAAAUGCUACUGUAAAGCAGUUUGUGCUCCUAUAAUUCACUGUUACCCUUAAAUCCAAUUAUAGUACCAUUCCGUCAGUGUUUAGGAAGUAUUUUUGUUAACACUUUCAUGGAUUUUACAAUGUGUUGUCAUGGAGGUUUCAACUUAUUGAGCAGUUGCGUUCUGUUUAUUAUUGGCACCAAUGUCAGAAAUGUAUUUGUAGCAGCAAGAAGCCACAGAUGUUUUGGGACAAGCACAUCCAAUACGGAAAGCCGUUUUAACAUAAAUUCAUAGAAUUUUUUGAUAUCAAUAAUUGUAUUAUGUACAUUUUGUUGAUUUAAAGGAAUUCUCUAUAUAUACACACCACUGUUCAAAAGUUUGGGGUCACUUAAAAAUGUUUUUGAAAGAAAAAUCCCUUUUUUGUCCAUUAAAAUAACAU